AUGGCGGACGUCCGGUCCAAGAAUCUCUACGAGCUUCUUGGCAAUGACCCUGAAUUGGACCCCGAUAGGGAACCUGCUCCUCCCACAAAGGCUGUAGACAGGCCGGCACCUCGACAUGGCAAGCGGGAAGUUCCCAAGGAGGCUCCCAGCCAGCCUAACCUUUCUGAGAACAACGCUCGUCGUCCUGGACGUUUCAGCGGUAACGAGGCAGCUUUCCGUGAUCGCGCCGCCGGUAGCCACAGGAACCGCGAGAGACCUGUAGAUGAGAACAAGGAAUCGCAAAGGCGUGGAAUCCAUGCUCGGGAUGACCGUGGUGGACGCGUGAAGAACGACCGUCAGUCCCGCAGCGGCACUGCCGACACCCGCAAGCAGGUUGACCAGGGCUGGGGUGCCAGGAGCGGUGAAAAGACCUGGGAUGAUGAACGGGCUGGUGAAGAUGUAGCCAAGGUCGACGAGAACGAGCCCCAGACUCCCCAGGGCGAGGAACCCAAGGAGCCCGCCGACAAGGCCAAGUCGUAUGCCGAUUACCUCGCCGAACUGGCUGAAAAGCGUGGUGCUCUGAGCGCCAAGGCUGCUCGUGCCCCCAACGAGGGCAACGAUGACAAGAAAUGGGCUGGUGCUAAGGAAUUGAAGCGUGAUGAUGAAGAGAGCGACUAUAUCAAGGGCAAGGAAGAGAAGUCCAAGCGCGAGAAGCAGCGCAAGGAGAAGACUUACCUGGAUGUCGAUAUGCGCUUCGUUGAGCAGCCCCGUGGCAAUGGCCCUCGUGGCCGUGGCCGCGGUGGACGCGGCGGUCGCGGUGGCCGUGGUGGCGGUCGCGGCGGCGAGCGUAAGGCUGCUGGCCCUACCGUUGAUGAGCAGAACUUCCCCAGCCUUGGCUCUAAAUAA